AUGUCUUUCAAGAAGUUCUUACGCAAGUUAGGAUGGUCCAGGCCUAACGACAAUUCAACGUCCCAAAGUCCGGCUGACGUCGAUCCAUGCCGACCGCAACCCAAUGAUCCAGCCAUUGAAUCGGCGAGCGGAAGGGUUGAAUCCAGCGCCCAGAUCGAGUCGCCUGUAGCGUCGGCUCCAGAGACGAUAUCUCUUGCUUACGAGCCGCCACAGUCGCGUCUGCAAGAGGCCGAAACACAGGAGACAAUGCCUACUCGCACAGGCAGAGAACAUCCCAUACAGGAGCUCUGGAACUUAGCGUACGAGAAGCUGCGAAACGAAGAUGAAGAGCUUGUCCAGGAUUUCGAAAACAGCAUGACGGGCGACUUGAGUGCUGCCCACGGUAUGACUGUGGGCUCCCAAAUUGAUAGGAAAGACUGGAUGGGCACGGUCUUGAAGUGCAAGAUGGAGCAAGUUAACCGGGAAUCAUGGAAACUGAAGUUCGGAAGCGCAGAGCUACCAGUACAGGAAGCGGUGAAACCGAUCCUAGGAGUUGUGAGCUGGGCCAACGACUUCAUUUCCAAGGCUGUGAGCGCAAAUCCUACUGCCUCAAUCGCGUGGGGCGUCGUCAGUUUGCUGCUUCCGGCCGCUUCUCUGGCAAAAGGACUAGAGUACAUUUCAUCCUUGAUUGUCCAGAGUUACCUGUGGGAGAACCUUUAUGAGCGUCACUACAAGUCUGUGGCGGGCAAGUCGUCUGAGAUUUCAAGUACCAUAUACAGAAACGCAUUGGAAAUGCUAUAUCAGCAUAUCCUCAAGUUCCAGGUCACGAGUUAUCGCUAUUACUCCCGCCACCACGCCUACCGUCUAGGGCUAGACUCGGUCAAGUGGAACGAGUGGGAUGGUCUUUUUGAAAAAGUCAAAGAGCAGGAGAGAGUCUUUGCCGAUGUUCUCAAGGCUUGUCGAGACGAUAAAUACCUCGAGGAAUGUUUGGCAGCAGAGCACAGACACAAGCAGGUCAUGGACUGUUGGCAAAGUAUCGGCACCGAUGUCUCGGGACUUUUGAAAGCAGUUCAUGACGCUCGAAAGGAGGAUAAACGCGAGAAGUUGCUUGACUGGCUGUGGGCAGCCAAUAUUUUGGUGCAGUAUACCGCUGCUCGCAGCAAACACAGUGAGGGAACCUGUGAAUGGCUGGUUCGGAAAAGCAAAGAUUUCAGGAUGUGGGAAAAAGAACCCAAAUCCUUCUUGUGGCUGAACGGAAAAGCUGGCUCUGGCAAGUCAAUUCUGAGCUCGUCCGUCAUCAAGCACUUGAAGGACGAGUACGAAGACGACCCCCAGACCGCGCUUGCCUAUCACUUCUUCAGUUUUGGGAAUCUAGGCCAACAGAAGGUGACCGCCAUGCUCUCAUCGCUUGUUAGGCAGCUGUGCGCGAGUCGUCCGGAUACCCCACGGCCGAUCAAACGCUUCGAGAAUUACAUGGCCAGAGGCGAGCGGCCAGACGUAACGACCCUCGAAAAUGCACUCAUAGCUGCUGUUCAUGGAUUUUCCGCAGUAUUCAUUGUUGUGGACGCUCUCGAUGAGUGCCCGACUCUUCAAGGCGAGCGACCGAAGCUUCUGGCUUGCCUUAGGCGCAUCAUUGCGACGAUGCCGGAUAAUCUCCAUAUAUUUUGCACAAGCAGAGCUGAGAGAGACAUCUAUGCAACGAUAGACAAGGUCCUGUCUCUUCCAGCAAAAGUCGCCAUCGACCUGACACAAAAUCGGGUGGGCUUGAAUCAUGACCUACGUCAGUACACUGAGUCUGUUCUAGCUACUGAAACCUAUGACUCGUGGCCUGAAGAGUUGAAGAUUGACGCAAAGUUCCAAUACCUCGUUUGCCAAUUCGAAGUUCUCCAACAAUGCGUCCACUUUGAAGAGGAGAUCCGUUCAGCCCUGAACAAUCUUCCUAAAGGACUUGAUGAGACAUACGAAAGGCUACUACUAGGCGUUGGCCAUGGUGUCCAGCCCCAGGUCCUGGGCUCGCUCAAAUGGCUGGCGCUUGCGAAUAGGGAUCUCACCCUCGAUGAACUGGCCGAAGUAUUUGUCUUCCACCCUAAGUGCGCCGCCGAGUUUACCAACUAUCAGCGGCUUUUCAAGCCGGAAGACGUUUUGCAAUACUUCCAAAGCCUUGAAGAUCUGGACUCGGCCCUUCUUGAGGCCGCGCGGGAAGGAAAUGCCGAUGUCGUCGAGUUUCUUCUGAACGAGGGCGCCGACGCCAACGCACAAAUCGAACCACCAAUCUUAGACCCAUCAGGCGAGGCGCAAUUUAUGAACAAUCUUACUUAUGACCUGCAGAUGGACUCUUACACAGUAGGUGGCGCGCUACACUGGGCGGCGUUUAACGGCGACCUGAAGAUCCUACAACUGCUUCUGGACAGCGGCGCGGAUGUCAACACACGAUAUAACACCAUAGGAUCAGCUUUGGAGGCCGCCGCGUCCCAAGAUAGUUCAGCGGCCUUGAAAUUUCUCUUGAGUCGCCGGGUUGACGUACGCAUUGCAGGUUGUCCAGUGUUACGUUUGAUCCCGCCACAUGUGACUUGGAAAUACCACGCUUUUUUCGACCCUACAGAAAUUAAGGAAGCUUUGAAAUGCCUCCAGCUUCUUUUAGACAAUGGGGUUGAUAUCAACCAGCAGUGUAUCAUCCAUGGAACCGCAUUGAUCCACGCCGCUUAUAAUUUUCGUUCUUUCAAAUCGCCGGAAAUUUUCGACUUCUUACUGCAAAAUGGUGCUGAUGUCAACCUGGGAAGCGAGCCUUUUGGCUACCCCCUUCAGGCGGCAUGCCUAAUCAAGGUUAGAGCAAGCAGGAAGAUGAAGGAAAUUAAGGCUGCGGUUAUGAGACUGCUAGACAUGGGCGCCGACGUCAAUGCUCAGGGUGGGAAGUACGGAAAUGCCCUACAGGCUGCGUGCCAUGCUGAGAACAGUGAUGUGAUUCGUCUCUUGCUUGACAGAGGUGCCGAGAUAAACAGACAAGGGGGCUUCUUUGGAACAGCGUUUCAAGCAGCCUGUGCAACUAAUGCCUCCGCCAUUGUGAAUGUACUGCUGGAUAACGGCGCCGAUGUUGAUAUUCAAGGAGGAGAGUAUGGUAAUGCUUUACAGGCUGCAUGCUACGGCAACGGAGACACGCCAGAUUACGGCGUCGACGUGAACGCCACUGGUGGUAAAUUUCAGACCGCGCUGCAAGGCGCUGCCGCGUCGAAGUACGAUGAUGGAAACCUUGAAGAGUUCCUGCUAAGCAAGAGCGCCGAUGUGAACGAGAAGGGAGGGGAAUAUGGCACAGCUCUUCAAAGCGCCUGUGUUACUAAUAGCAUCAGAAAGGUACGCGUGCUUCUCGACCAUGGAGCCGCGGUGAACAUCGAAGGGGGCAAAUAUGGAACCGCGCUCCAGGCGAUCUGCGCAAGGAAGAACUCCAGGUAUCGCUCGUCAGAACCCGAAAUGGAUAAUGAUAGCAUCCCGGGCCUGCUGAUUGGGCACGGCGCCGAUGUCCAUGCUCAAGGCGGUGCUUUCGGGAGCGCAUGGCACGCUGCGGCUUCACAGAACGGGCCGAAUAACGAAACAUUGAAAUUGCUGCUGGAUCAUGGCGUCGAUGUGAACGACAACAGAGGCCUGCAAUAUGGCACUGCUCUGCAAGCAGCCUUCCAGCUACACGCAAGUCCCUCUGCCAUAAUUUCCAGAGUCAACUUUCUCCUAGAGCAUGGUGCCGAUGUCAAUCAUGGAGCGGGAUCAUAUGGAUUCCCGCUGCAAUCGGCAUGUAUGUCGCUCGGUGGCGAUGAUGGCCUCGUUCGUCUCCUCGAAACCUGUACCGAUAUCGACGUCAACAUGACAGGGGGCCUGCUUGGCACGGCUCUACAAGCGGUAGUACAUGAAGGCAAGACACAUGCCGUGCGGCUGUUGCUCAACAAGGGCGCCGACUGCAACAUUCGUGGCGGCAAAUGUGGAAGCGCGCUUAACGCAGCUAUCGUCAGAGGAUACUGGGAUCUUGUCGAUAUACUUAUGGAUGCCGGGGCCGAGCCAGACCAGCGCCCAACCCAAGGCAAUUAA